AUGUCGCCUCAAUGCCCCGAGAACUUCAUCACCACCAUCAACCGGUGGUACAUCGACACCAGGCCCUAUGUCCCCCAGCCGCACAAUCCCAAAUCUCUCCACUCCCUCCCGUUGUUCUCAACUCUCCAGCGUUCCGAUCAAGAGGCCAUCACCCGCUUUAUUCGGCCCGCGGACCGCUUCAUGUCCCUUGCAAGCGCCUUGCUCAAGUAUACCUUCAUCCACCGGCGCGCAAAGAUCCCCUGGUCCGAAGUCCAGAUCUCACGGACCCCAGCUCCUCAUCGACGCCCGUAUUGGGAACCGCCCGAAAACUGGUCCACCACUGAUAUAUACGACGACGGCGACCCCGACUCCGAAGAGUCCUGCCACAUAAGAGGUCUCGAAUUUAAUGUCUCUCAUCAAGCCGGCCUCGUCGCCAUCAUUGGCUGCUCUACGCCCAACCCCCAGCUUCCUUCAUCCGUCGUUCCGAAUCCAACCCCACUUUCUCCCACAGUGCUAGAUUCUCUCGCACAAAUCGAUCUCACCGGCCACCCGACAUGCACGGCCUUUGAUCAUCCCGAUCUGGUCCGUCUGGGGGUUGACAUCGCAUGCACAAACGAGGACAAGCGCACCCCCAAGGACCUCACCACGCAGUCCAAGUUCGACGAGUGGAUCGAGAUCUUUGCCGAGAUGUUCUCCGACCGUGAGCGACGUCACAUGCGUCAAAUGCCAAUCCAUGUCCCCGUCAAAGAGCGCGAGGAAGGAGAGUGGGCUAGUGAAUCGAGUUCUUCGUCGUCAGCUUCCUCUCCCACAGACGGGCCGGGUACCGGUGGCAAUACGAAAUUCUUCCAGAAUCACGAGGCCAAGAUCAUCAAUAUGAAGUUGCGUCGAUUUUACGCAUAUUGGAGUCUCAAGGAGGCGUAUAUCAAGAUGGUGGGCGAGGGACUGCUGGCGAGCUGGUUAAGAGAACUCGAGUUCCUCGAUGUUCAUGCUCCACCACCUCCCCCAUUGCCCAAGGAAAAUCACCAGCCAUCCACGGGCUCGAACUACCAGCCAAAGAACAGCAGAAACACUCACAACAUUAUAGAGUCACAAGGCAUGCCCCUUCCUGCGUCCGCCGAUAUCUACGCACAUCGGAAAUCCCCGGCGAACAUCCUUUCCUUGGCCCCGGUCGAGUCCUCCAUUUCCAGCCACGGUGCCGCAGGAGGAGCCAUAGACAUGGUCACAAAGCGCGAAUCCGCAGAGGGUGUUCCGCCGCCUCCCUCCCCGUCAUCAUCCGACCUGCCCCGUCGAAAAGCCUCGAUCCCGGCCGCCGACAUGUACGCGCAGAGAAAACCAUCCCUCUCCUCCCCGACAGACGGCAGCGGUAGACCCAGAAAACUCUCCAUUCCCGCCAAUUCCACAGUCCGGUCUCAAGCCGCUCACGCUCACACCCGCAACCGACCCUCACAUGACUACCUCUCCCCGUUCCCAGACUCACCGAGCACACCUUCUCUUCUCGAACCGCCUCUCCCAGCGCCCUCAUCUCCAAGCGGCCGUAGCGCCGCCGGCGGAGGCCACCAUCCCUCGCCGGUGGAGAUCGCGAAAUGGACACCCCCCGACAAGGCCGAGCGGGGCAUGACCACGCUGCUCCGCGGCAGGAGGGUCGAAGACGUCCAGAUCGAGCUCGUGGCGUAUGACACGGACUUCAUGGUCGCGACGGCCAUAAGGGGCGUCAGGGAGCGGCGCAUUGUGAGUGGCGAUGGCGAUGGCAGUGCUGCUCCUGGCUGGGGCGAGGGUAGUGGGUGGUGGUUGCGUCUGGAUGUCGAACAGGAUAUUAGACCUUGUGCCGAGGGCUGGUGCGAUUGUCUUGACUAG